UGGCGACCUGAACGGUUGUGUUGGUUCGAGCUCUGAGGCGUUUUUGAGGAGUCGUAUCUUCUGGUCGAAAUUGUAAAGUUUCUUUACAAGUCAUGAAGUGUUAACGCUUUUAAGGGAAGAAUGCAAUAAAUAGACUUUAUAAAAAUUUCACCUGACUGUGACGCAGCCUGUAUUGACGGAGCACACUGCAAGUCCACGUGCGAGUUUUCCAUCAUGCCAAAGAACAAGGACAGAAAGUUACUUUCUUCGCUUCUCGAGGCAUCAGCUGGAGUUGAUUCAUCUCCAACUACUCCAACAGGUAGCCCUCUUUCAAAAAAAGUAUGUCAGGAAGAAGACUUCAAUGUAUCGAAUGCUGACAUACUUCGUGCUGUCAACGCUCUCAAUGAGCGUUUCUCGGCGGUGGAACAGCAGAUUGCCCAGAACUCGGUCGCUAUUGUUAAUCUUUCAAAGACAACUGAUUUUGUGGCCGAGGAGAUGAAAUCUCUGUCUGCGAGAGUCAAGGCUAACGAGAGCAAAGUAUCGCAAAUUGAGCAGGUGGCCAGAAUGGUUCAAGUCAAGUGCGAUCAGGCCGAGAUCUACAGUAGGAGAUGGAACUUGAGGCUAAAUAAUUUGAGAGAAGCAGAUGGAGAAAAUAUAAGAAGCAAAGUGCUUGAAAUUCUAAAACUGCUGACUCCGGACGAGGUAGAUGUCAUCCCUUUCUCUGUCGACACUAUCCACAGGAUUGGACGUCUUGGGUCUGGAAACAACCGUCCUAGACCAGUCAUUAUUCAGUUCGCGCUCAGAUCCUACAGAGAGAAAGUUUGGAAAGCUGCACGGGACCAUCCUGCACUUAAGGAAAGAGGGAUUCGCCUGGCAGAGGACCUGACUUUUGCUGAAAGACAACAGAGGAAGCUCCUGUGGCCAAGGGUAAAUGCGGCGAGAGAAGAGGGGAAAAGAGCCUACUUUCGUGGAGCAGAUGCUUUUAUCGAUGGAAAAAAACUGGUUGUUGACGACUUUCAAGAUGAAUAUUGA